AUGGCUGCUGUAUUUCACCCCUCCGAGCGAAUCCUGCUACAGGCGCUGCGAAGUUGGGGACAUCCUUGGGUGGGCGGCUCUGGUUUCUGCUGCUGCCGGUGCCCUCUCGGAGCUAAAAGAUACCUACUCACAGAUAAUAUUAUGAAAUUAAAAGAAUUUCAGUGUAAGAAGGUGGCUAUUGCACAUAAUCUCCCUGGCACCAAAGAAACCUAUUUGAGAAACUUGGAAGAGAAACUGACCCAGAACAAACUCAUCUUGAAGGAGGAGUUGAAAACCUUGCUUCAUUUGUGUGACUCCCGGGAUGAUAUGCAGCUGGCUAAAAAUGUCAUUUACAGGUAUCAUGCAGAGAACAGAAAUGUCAGUCUUGAGGAAUAUAAGUUUGGACCACUGUUCAUGAGGAUCUGUUACGAAUUGGACCUUGAGGAAUCUGCCCUGGAGCUCAUCAAAGAUCAGAGUUUACAAGGCUUCUUUUCAGACUGCACAUCAUUCAAUAUUUUGAUGGACAUGUUAUUUAUCAAAGGCAAAUAUAAAAGUGCAUUGGAAGUACUGAUAGAAAUGAAAAACCAAGAUGUGAAAUUCAGCAAAGAUACCUAUGUCCUUGCUUUUGCAAUUUGCUACAAACUGAACAGCCCUGAGUCAUUUAAAAUUUGUACUACAUUAAGAGAAGAAGCCCUAAUUAAAGGAGACGUUCUCUCCAGGAGAGCAUCCUGUUUCGCUGUGGCAUUAGCUCUGAAUCAGAACCAAGUGGCAAAAGCUAUGUCCAUUUUUUCUCGAAUCAUGAAUCCAGAAAGCAUAACCUGCAUUAAUUUAAAUAUAAUUAUCCAUAUCCACGCAAAUAUGUUGGAAACGCUGAUGGCAAUACUAAAGGAUGCUGUAGAAGGAAAUUUAUCAAGUUUUGUGAAAAGACAUGAGUUUUCAGAAGAAGUGCUAGCCUCAGUGAGGGAAAAAGUGAAGGAUGUCCCUGGCCUCCGGGCCAAAUUUGAUGAGAUCUAUGGAAAAUUGCAGAUAUCUGGCCAGGUCACCACUCAUACUUUGGAUGCUAUGCUGUGCCAUACCCCCAGGGACAAGACAGCCCACAUGGAGCUGUUAAACAAGAGGACAAUCGGCCAUCAGACUUUCCAGCCACUCAGCCAGUCCCUUUUGACUGAGUAA